CUCCGCGGGGGCGCGCAGGUCAGAAUGCGCGCUCCCAUCAAACCGGAGUUGGAAAAAUGGUGGCCAGCGCUCGAGUACAGAAGCUCCUCCGACGUUAUAAACUCGCGAUUGCCGCCGCAUUAACUAUCCUCCUGAUCCAAGGGCUCGUGGUAUGGAGUCUGAGAAGUCUGGAAGAAGGCGAGGCGGAGAGAAAAACAAGACGGUCUAAGCUGCCCGAUCACAACAGCCAGGACCCCAAAAGAGACGGCGCGCUUUGGGACAAACACAAUUCUCUGUCGGGAAGGAGCAAGGGUAGAUGGAGCGCCAGGUUAGAGAGGACAGCGGGCACGGCAGCCAGCGCACUGAGGAGGGGGAACAGCCGCCGAGGUGGAAAGCCUGGCACCAGGCUGAAGACUCCCCAGGAGCGUUGGAUGACGGAGGCCGGGCAGGACGGCGUGCUCCUCCACGAUCUGUCCAGCAGCCGGAACUUCAGCGAGAUCCGCGGCGGCGUCGACGGGGCGGUGAGGUUACCGGCCGCGGCCAUACCGGGAGAGCCGGGCAGCGUGGACGGCGCGCACCAGUCCCUCAGCAGUGACUUUGUGCCUAAAUGUGACAUCAGGGGCAAAGACGCUCUGUCCGCCCUGCACCGCGCCGGCUCCCAGCAGUGCCGGCAGGAGAUCGCCAACAUCGUCUGCCAGCAUCAGGCCGGACAGCUCAUGCCACACGCACUUCCUCAGUUUUGUCCUCAGCUCGGUGUGUCGCAUCCAGUCCAGGCCUUCGGCGAGCUGGAGAACAGUCUGUCCCGAGUGGAGAACCCUGUCAGAGUGGCUUUCGUCCUGAUGGUGCAUGGGCGUGCUGUCCGGCAGCUCAAGCGCCUUAUUAAAGCCAUUUACCACCGCGACCACUACUACUACAUCCACGUGGACAAGCGGUCCGGCUACAUGCACCGGGAGGUCCUGCAGAUAGCCCAGCAGUUCCCAAACAUCCGCGCCACGCCCUGGCGGAUGGUGACCAUCUGGGGAGGAGCCAGUCUUCUGAAGGCUUACCUCCGCACCAUGCAGGACCUGCUCUCCAUGCUGGACUGGAAGUGGGACUUCUUCAUCAAUCUUAGCGCUACUGAUUUCCCUACUAGGACCAACGACGAGCUGGUGGCUUUCCUGUCGCUGCACAGAAACCAGAACUUCCUCAAAUCCCACGGGAGAGAGAACGCUCGAUUUAUUAAGAAGCAAGGCCUCGACCGUCUCUUCCACGAGUGCGACAACCACAUGUGGCGUCUGGGCGAGCGCAGCAUCCCGAACGGCCUGGAGGUCUCGGGCGGCUCCGACUGGUUCGCGCUCACGCGCCGCUUCGUGGAGUACGUCAUCACCUCCCGGGACGAGCUGGUGUCGGGGCUGAAGCAGUUCUAUACCUACGCGCUGCUCCCCGCUGAGUCUUUCUUCCACACGGUGCUCGGGAACAGCCACAUGUGCGAAACCCUGGUGGACAACAACCUGCGCGUCACCAACUGGAAUCGAAAGCUGGGGUGUAAAUGUCAGUACAAGCACAUAGUGGACUGGUGUGGCUGCUCCCCAAACGACUUCAAGCCUCAAGACCUCAUCCGGAUUCAGCAACUGACCCGUCCGACGUUCUUUGCCCGGAAGUUUGAGUCAUCAGUGAACCAGGAGGCCAUUGACAUCCUGGACACCCACCUGUACGGCCAGUACGCUCCAGGCACCGUGGCCGUCAAGGCCUACUGGGAGAGCCUGUUCGAGCAGCCGGACGGGAUGGGCUCUCUCAGCGAUGUGGCUCUCACUGCCUACACCUCCUUCUUCCGCCUUGGCCUGAGCGGUCUGGCGACCGCUCAGAGCAAGACGGAGGCCUGCAGGCUGGAAGCAGUGGGUUACCCUCUCUCUGUACAUUUGUACUUUUACGACGACCGUUUCCAAGGCUACCUGAUCCGUCAGGAGGUCCAGGCUGCGGAGUCGAAAGCCAGAGAGACGCUGGAGAUGUGGGCCCUGCCUCAAGCCACACUUGUCCUUGGGAAAAACCUGAAGGAGUUUGAAAGGCUGAAGAACCUGGAAAUCGGUACGGAUUGGGACCCCAAAGAGAGAAUCUUCCGGAACUUUGGCGGCGUGGUCGGCCCUCUGGACGAGCCGCUGGCGGUCCAGAAGUGGGCGCGCGGCCCAAACCUCACCGCCACCAUCGUGUGGAUCGACCCGGCCCUGGUGGUGGCGGCGUCGUACGACAUUACGGUGGACGUGGACGCGGAGUACACCCAGUACAAGCCUCCACUGCAGCGCCCCCUGCGGCCCGGCACCUGGACGGUGCGGGUGUUGAAGCAGUGGGAGCACAUGGCGGAGGUUCGCUUCCUGGUCAUACCUUUAACCUUCAAUAAUAAGGCGCCGCUACGCAAAGAAGAGGACAGCUGGUUCCAUCUGGGCCCGCCAGGGAACCUGUACCUGGAGCAGAGCUUCCAGCAGCUGAGCUCGGUGCUGAAGCUGCCCCCGCAGGAGCCGGCCAUGCAGGCAGCUCAGCGGAACGCCCAGCUGGUGGGCCGGCCGCUGGAGGCCUGGGUGGACAGCAGCGUGGGCCAGUUCUGGGUGAGCGGAGGCCUGUGCGCCACGCAGACCUCUUCCUGCCCGGCUUUGGGACCUUGCUCCAAAACCACUUGGAGCUCCCUGUCCCCCGACCCCAAGUCUGAACUCGGCCCCGUCAAGAGCAACGGACGCAUCAGGUAGCGACCCGAGGAAGAACCGACUCCGUCACACGCAUAGGAAGACUGUUGGACAGUCGGACCUCCAGUGACGACUCGUAGGAGGAUCGUUCUGAACCAGAAUAUCGUCUGAGAGCUCAGAGCGGCGUCAACAGGAACCCCCUGCACUGAGGAGCUGCAUCUCUGCUGGAAAUUUGCACAUUCUAAGACUGCAACGCAAAGAUUCGCACCACUGUUUGGUGAAUGGGUACACGAAUUCCAGACUGAUUAUUACCUUUUAGUCGACACACAGGUUUUCCGGUCACGGUCUGCGUUGGCUGAAGUGCGUCGAGAAAAGCCCCUCUGCACACGUGCGAGCUCCGCCCGAGCGCACAACUUUUCUCUUCUUUGAAAGAAUCAGGAAGCAGUGGUGGAAAAGCAUCAGCAGGCUCCGUGCUGUAUCUUCAUUUCAAGGGAGAGUGGAACCUUUGUAUCGUAUUAUUGUGCUUAUUUUGAAGCAUUGUGAUGAAAGCAUGUGGGACGGAUGGAUGAAGUGCACUUUACUGUAAGACUCUGACGUUACACAAAGGUCACUUGGGUACAGGGUGAGAAGUUAAAGAUGAGUUAAUGUUUUUUUUUGUGUGUUUUUUUUAAAUCUACAGUAGGCACAUACCUAGACCUCCACUCCCUGCUGCACAGACACAUCAGCCGUGACUCGGGUCAGGAAACAGAUCAGAUAAAGGAACGGGGUUUAUGGGUAUGGCGUCGUGUUUUAUCGUUGUUGUGUUUACUGUGACUUAGCACCGUUUUUUUUUUUUUAUUUCUGUCUGCAUUUCCAUGUGUCCGAUCGCCUGAAAUGGCUCCAAAGUGUUAUUCUUUCCGUUGUCUCAAAAAAAAAAACCCACUUUGUUGUUUUCUUGGUAAAAGGAAGUGCCUAGAUGGCUAUCAGCGCCGCAGAUAGCAAAGAUAUCUCCGAAAUUCCUCUGAAAUAGUUGUUAAAACACGCUCCUGUGAAAAGGUACUCGGUUUCAUAAGGACUUGACAAACUCCAGUGGAGUUGGUUCGAGUUUCUUUGCCAGUUUGACGUAGCGUGUUUUAAUGUCGUUGUAGGAGGCAGACUAAGACUGAUCUACAAAACUAAAGAAAUGUGUGAUUUGUAGCGUUAUUUUAUUUUUUUAUUUUUUUGGGGAAAAAUACAUUUCUUGUUUGACAUGAAGAUUGACACCACUUUCAUUUCAAAUCCACCUGUGAGCAUUACAAACACGUACAUCUAUCUAAUCUUAAAAGAAAUCCAAAAUCAUUGACCAGUUUGAAAUUGAGGGAUUGAUAACAUGAAGGGUUUCUCUUUUUAAUUCCUCUUUGAACUCAAGUUGAUUUAUUUCUAUUGAGCUCCGCUGUUACUGGAACUGAUGCUGAAAGAAUCCUCACUGGUGAUGAAAUCAGUUUGUUGCAACCUGCAUUACUAAUGACAUUAAAUCAAAGUUUUUUGCUGUUAACCAUUUAAAUUAUUAUCCAACUUAAUAGUGCAACAUUAUUUUUUUUCUAGUUUUCCCCUAAUUUAACCAGCGGUCAGUGGCUCAUUCUUUUUAUUAACCAUCUUAUGUGAAAGUUAUGUCAAACUCUUCUUGGAAAGAAAACAAAUUAUUACCCCCCAAAAAAUUGACGUGGUCCUUUCAUUGCAAGGCUUUUAACAUUUUAUUCCUCCUUUGUGUCCAUGAGGAACAUGAUGGUAUUUUUUUGUGCUCUCGGUUCUCAUCACUUCAUCAUUUCAUAAAGUUUGUUUUCAUGUCAACUUUUAAAACGUGCUGCCCACUGUAUGUUCAUGGUCUUAUUUUUUCCGUGCGAUCGUUGGAAAAUCUCAGUUGCCUUGAUAUGGAAAAUAGGAAUUGUUUACUAUGGAAUAAUAAGAUCCAGAGAUGUGCAAUUAUUGCCUUUUCAGACAAAAAAAGAAAACCCCUCGUCUGUGUUUCACUUUGGAUUUUUACUGUUUUAUGCAAGCUUUCCUGUUGUGAGAUGACGCUGGCCACCGUAUGAGUUUUAAGUGACCUUGUUUACCUUGCACAGCGCCGUUGCUUCAGUGAAGCUCCGCUUUUAUCCAGAGGAUUGGACCGAUUCAUGGUUGGAACAGACGUUAUUUUUCUAUCCGGCUGCUGAGGAACUUGUCUGUAUCGUGCGUUUAUCACUGAGCACUCGAAAACUGUUUGGAACUGCUGUCUUAACUGUGUCACGUUCAACAGCCCACCUGUUCAGUGUCUUGCCAUGCGGACCCUCUCCUCUGUGUUUUUUUUUUUUUUUUUUGCGGGGGACGGGGGCGUCGGGCUCUCGGUCCGAGCGGCGCCAUUCUGGCCUGGUGAGUCACUGUGGCCGCGUUGGGGACUUCAGCCAGAAACUGUUUGCCUCUAGAAAAGGUCGUAGACAUGCAGACU